AUGCUACCACGUAGUCCCAUGUCUCAGAAGUCUGAUUUGCAUCAACCAAAAGCAAAGAAUCAGCCUCAAGGACAGUUGGCUGCUCUUUUACAUGGUAAAAUCGAAUACGAUGACUUAUUUCAGGCUGGUAUGUUUCCAGAUGACCUUCGUUCAACAAGUGCGCCUCCUACUCGACGUGCGCAUGAAUUUGAUAGUCUUUCUAUGGAUCCUGAGCAACUCGGCUAUUAUCAAGAAAACACGAGUCAACCAUGGCCAUUAUGGCCAACCACAGAAGAGGGUAGAUACAAUAAGACAUACCCAACUCUGUUAUACUUAUUCUUCUUCUUAGACCCUCGUAUGCAUGGUUUACAUGGCUAUCAUCACCAUUUACCUAAACAACAGCAAGAGGAAGCAUUAACUAAUCGACGCCAACGUAAUUUAGUGGAUUUGAUUCAACAGGAUUUUCCUCGUACACCUUCUCCUCUAUUUGCACUUCAACAACAACAACAACAACAACAACAAGCACGUCAACGCCAUGUCACAUCUGUUAUUGAUGAAGAUGAUUUAGAUGUGAUUCAAAAGCAAUACCGAGAUCAAUUGAAUGCAUUGAAUUAUGAUCCUUCUUUACGAAACAAGUUUGUCGCCACGCGUCCUAAUUCAACACCUCCAGGUAGAAAUGUAUAUCAAGACGAUCUUGUGAAUCAGUUUGGUGCAUUUGGUUUAGAUGAGCAGCGUGUAUCUCAGCCUUAUUAUGGUUAUCCAUCGUUUGAUUUAGGUGAAAGCUCAGAUGGAUUGAGCGAUGGUCUUUAUGGUAAAAUGAGCCAAGGUGAUUUGGCUUAUCGUCGACAACAACAGAGUGGACCUCUGACAGCACCUGUGGGUAUGGAUCCUACUGGGUUUCCUGAAAAUACACUUCCUGCAGCCACAGAUAGAAAAUUACGUGCUUUACAAAUGCAACAACAACAAUUAUUGAUUCAACAACAACAGCAGCAAUUAUUGGCUGCUAGACAACAACUUUUAUUACAACAGCAACAACAACAACAACAACAGCAACAACAACAACAACAGCAACAACAACAACAACAACAACAGCAACAGCAACAGAAUUUCCAUCUUCAUCCUAUACAACAUAGAAAUAGACAUCAUGAUCAUCAUCAUCAAAUAGCACUUAGUAUGCGUAGUCCUUUACUUGAAGAAUUCCGUAAUUCAAAAAACAAGAAAUACGAACUCAAAGAUAUUGAAGGUCAUAUUGUCGAAUUCAGUGGUGACCAACAUGGCUCUCGUUUCAUUCAACAAAAAUUAGAGACUGCCAAUAGUGAUGAGAAGCAAAUGGUGUUUGAAGAAGUCUUGCCUAAUGCUUUACAGCUCAUGACAGACGUGUUUGGCAACUAUGUACUACAAAAGUUUUUUGAACAUGGCAAUCAAAUGCAAAAGACCAUCUUAGCCAAACAAAUGGAGGGUCAUGUUCUUUCUCUCUCGCUUCAAAUGUAUGGUUGUCGUGUCGUCCAAAAGGCCUUGGAACAUGUCUUGACUGAACAACAGGCUGUGUUGGUCAAGGAAUUAGAUGGUUGUGUGCUUAAAUGCAUCAAAGAUCAAAAUGGCAAUCACGUGAUUCAAAAGGCCAUUGAGCGUGUGCCUGCUCAACAUAUUCAGUUCAUUAUUGAUGCUUUUCAUGGUCAAGUCUAUCAUUUGGCUACGCAUCCUUAUGGUUGUCGUGUGAUUCAGCGUAUGUUUGAACACUGUACAGAUACACAAACAGGUCCUCUUCUGGAUGAAUUGCAUCGAUGUACAGCUCAAUUAGUGCAAGAUCAAUAUGGUAAUUAUGUGAUUCAGCAUAUUUUAGAGCGUGGUAGACCUAUAGAUAAAUCACUUGUGAUUGACAAGAUUCGUGGUCAAGUGCUUCAGUUAAGUAAGCAUAAGUUUGCUAGUAAUGUUGUUGAGAAAUGUGUGGAUUAUGGAAGUAAGCGAGACCGUCAAUUGUUGAUUGAAGAAGUUCUUCAGCCUAGAUCUGAUGGGUAA